AACAAAUAAUAUCGGUGGAAAGUUCCUAACUUUACGAAUUAAAAUUAGGAAAAAAAACCAGGCACUCACUCUUACAGUCACAAAAGAAGUCGCACACUAUCCUUUCCUAAGGAAAAAAAAAAGAAAAAAGAAAACUCUUCAAUGGCGUCAUCCUCACCGUCGGAUCACAAGGCCACAAUAAUCGACGGCAAAGCCAUCGCCCAGACCAUCCGAUCAGAGAUCGCCGCCGAAGUCCGCCAUCUCUCCGAGCAAUACGGGAAGGUGCCGGGACUUGCGGUGGUGAUUGUCGGGACCAGAAAGGAUUCUCAGAGCUAUGUGAGUAUGAAGAGGAAGGCUUGCGCUGAAGUUGGAAUCAAAUCCUUCGAUUUGGAUCUUCCCGAGGAUGUUUCGCAAUCCGACCUUAUCUGCAAAGUCCACGAGCUCAACGCCAAUCCCGAUGUACACGGUAUACUAGUUCAGCUUCCAUUGCCGAAGCAUAUAAACGAAGAGAAAGUUCUGAGUGAAAUCAGCCUUGAGAAGGAUGUCGAUGGUUUUCAUCCUCUUAACAUCGGGAAGCUCGCAAUGAAAGGCAGAGAUUCUCUGUUCCUUCCUUGUACUCCCAAGGGGUGCCUCGAGCUUCUCUCGCGAAGUGGUAUAAGUGUGAAGGGAAAGAACGCAGUUGUGGUCGGCAGAAGUAACAUAGUCGGGUUGCCGGUUGCGUUGCUUCUUUUGAAAGCAGAUGCUACAGUUACCAUUGUGCAUUCGCGUUCUUCCGAGCCAGAAAAAGCCAUCCGCGAAGCGGACAUUGUUAUUGCUGCAGCAGGGCAACCAAUGAUGAUCAAGGGCAGCUGGAUCAAACCGGGCGCUGCAGUUAUUGACGUUGGCACAAAUGCUGUCGAUGACCGAAGCAGAAAGUCAGGUUAUAGGUUAGUUGGAGAUGUAGAUUUCCAUGAAGCAUGCAAGGUAGCGGGAUGGAUAACUCCUGUUCCGGGUGGGGUGGGGCCAAUGACCGUCGCAAUGCUUCUCAAGAAUACGUUGGAAGGCGCCAAGCGCAUUAUCGUCCAGUAAAGCUUCUGUCUGCUUAAGACGCUGCAGAAUAAGAUAAAAGAAAUUCCAUUCUGGGAUAAAGAUGUCUCAGGACAAAUUGUAUCCAUAAUUCUAUGGAUUUCUUGUUUUCUUGUUACAAAAUCCCAUCAUAAUGUCCGGAUUUUCCUUUCCGAGUACAUCACUUGUUAAUGAAAUUGCGCGUUUUGGAAAGUUGAUGGUACUGCUCAACUAGAUUUAUUUUUCCGUAAUUAUUGGUUAAUACAUCACAUGCUUGUAUCUUUGAGCUCUUUCUCAAAUGACUUGUAUAAAUCAAACACUUUAAUUUC